UCCUGUGCCAGGUUUCCGGCUCCGGGUCCCGGAGGAGGGUCCCCAGAUCGCAGGGAAGCUGCAGCCCGGCCCGCCGCGUUUUUCAGACUCGGACCAUGGCCUCGAGCUGGUGGCGCUGGCGGUGCUGCGGCUCCUGGAGGCCGGCGGCGCCGAGUCCUGGGCAGGGCUUCCCCCGCCGCGCCGAACCGCCCGGGCCGCGCGCCGUUACCGCCGCCCGCGCGCAGAUAUCCUAUUUUAAUCGUGUGAAGAGUUUAAUGUCUGCCUUUCCAAAUAUGUAUAGUAUAUCACGGUUCCCUCAUGUGACAUCGGCAGCGUGCUGUUGUAGUAGAACACGGAGUGGUAACAAAUACAUCGAUCCUUUCAAACUUGGUUGGAGAGACCUGAAAGGUCUGUAUGAGGACAUUAGAAAGGAACUACUCAUAUCCACAACAGAACUUAAGGAAAUGUCUGAAUACUACUUUGAUGGAAAAGGAAAAGCCUUCCGACCGAUUAUUGUGGUGCUAAUGGCCCGAGCCUGUAAUACCCAUCAUAAUAACUCCCGAGAUGUGCAAGCAAGCCAGCGCUCCAUAGCCUUAAUUGCAGAGAUGAUCCACACUGCUAGUCUGGUACACGACGACGUUAUUGAUGAUGCCUGUUCUCGGAGAGGAAAACACACAGUUAAUAAGAUCUGGGGUGAACAGAAGGCUGUUCUGGCUGGAGAUUUAAUUCUUUCUGCAGCAUCUAUAGCUCUGGCACGAAUAGGAAAUACAGCUGUUAUAUCUAUUUUAACCCAGGUUAUUGAAGAUUUGGUGCGUGGUGAAUUUCUUCAGCUAGGGUCAAAGGAAAAUGAGAAUGAAAGAUUCGCCCACUACCUUGAAAAGACCUUCAAGAAGACUGCAAGUCUGAUAGCCAACAGUUGUAAAGCAGUCUCUGUGCUAGGAUGCCCUGACCCAGUGGUCCAUGAGAUUGCCUAUCAAUAUGGAAAAAAUGUGGGAAUAGCUUUUCAGCUCAUCGAUGAUGUGCUGGACUUCACCGCGUGUUCUGACCAGAUGGGUAAACCAACAUCAGCAGACCUGAGGCUCGGGUUAGCCACUGGCCCUGUCCUGUUUGCUUGUCAGCAGAACUGGACUUUGGGUGUGCCUUGGAGCCCCUGCCUGCAAGCAUAAGAAAUUCUGAAAAAUGCUCCAGGAAAUGCUUAGGAAGCUCCAGCAGCGAUGCAGCAGCGUGCAAGGCAGGCGUUCCCACAGCCUGCUCGGGAACCCGGCCACAUCGCUUUUGGCUGGGCCAAAUGUUACUUGAAAUAACUGGGAUGUUGGCUGAUAUUUGGGCAUAUUUUUAACAGAUUUUCAUCUCAGCAAUAUUUAAUUCAUUAUUUUAGCAAAGCAAUAUGAUGUUCAUCACCAUGCCAUGAAAUUAAGAAUUAGCUCUUUGGUCUAAAAUUUUAGUAACUUUGUCCUUCAGAGAUUUUGCCUCUCUUUCUCAAAAUUUACAAAGAUAAAUCAUGUCUUCUAUAGACCUCAAUGAUUCCAUUUGAUAUUACAGAAACCACUGACCUUGCUUUUGAUCAGUUUCUGAUCCAAGAAAGGAGAAAUCAUCUUUUAUCCACUAUCUAGCUGAGGCAUAACCAGGGUAAUUCUUCCCCCAAGAGGCUUGGGAGGGGCUUAGGAGGGGUUGAGCGAGGUUACCCUGGCCAACACACUAGUGGCUAGCAGUCAGUGGAGGAAUGAAGGCUGUGGACAGAGACACUGGAACACGUUAUGGAAAUAUCUGUCCAUAUUACUAGGCUCCAUCCUGUCAAAGGAUGGAGGCAGAGGUAAGAAGUGAAAGGGUAACUGACUCAUCAGCCCAAAACUCAGAAAAAUAUUAAUACAUGUGCCAACAAAAAAAUGUGUAAAAUCCACUGUAUACAUUAAAGCAUGACUGAGGAAUAUUUGCUUUUUCACUGUUAAGCCACAAAAAAGCAAAGGAUUCAUGAGCCACAUAAAUAUCAAGGCAAGCCCGAGAUUAGAAAGAGCAGGCACUGGCUACCGUUUAUACCACUACAAACAUCAGUCUGCUCCACAGAGGCUGGUUAGUGAAUGUGAAUAAACAAGAUGGGAUUCUGCCAGCUUGGGGAAGAUUCCUUUAGCUAGGCCCCAAGGUUAUCAAGAUUAUUAAGGAACCUUUCCCUAAAGAAGUUGUCCACUCAAAAGCUUUGGGAGCUCUAUUUUUAGAAAGAUUAACAAUUAUAAAUAAUUGUCAUGAGUCUCAUGAUACUAAUUAACAGCUGAGUCCUACUUAAACCGUAAGAUAACUGAGAAUGGGGCCCUGUCUCAUUGUUCUACUAUGAAUCUCAUUUCAAAAGAAACUCGUCCUGAGGAGGCAAAAAUAUGGCAGAGUAGGAAGGUAAGGUGAAAUCUCCUCCCACACAUGCUCCAAGGAAGCAACUACAGCAAAUACAUCUAAGCCUGAAAAUGACCUGAGGACUGCAGAGCAGACCACCUGCACCUAGGAAAGAGAAGACCACACAGAGAAGAGUAAAGUGGCAGAGCUGUGAAUAAGCAGGACCCAAGCCCUUCCCCCAUCCCAGCCCUCAGGUGGGAGGAAGAACAGAGUGGGGAGAGAGCAGGCACCCAGAACUCUGCACACCUGGCCCCGGAGAUCUGCUCUGAGAGCAUAAGUCCACAUUGCAUUGGGUUCUGGUGAUUAACAAGGCUGGACACCAGGAAGAGUUGGAGCAGUCUGGGAGGCUGAGACUCCAGCCACUUGUGGAGGAUGGGCACACUCCCAAGUCCUGCUGACACCUGACAGAGGCAACAGUUUGAAAGAUUUGCCAGAAGCAGCAGGAGGAGUGCCAGAGGGGCAAGGGUUGGAUGGAACUCUCCCCAGAGAAAGGGUAGGUGGGCAACACUUCUGCAGCCCUCCCUUAGCCCAACAGGUCAGGUAACUCUCAGGAGCCACACAUGCUCCACUGCCCUCACUGGUGGCUCAGCCCCAAGGCACUACUCCCCUGUGUGCAGCUGGCACCCCACCCACUUGGCCCAGCAAUGUCAGAUUUUGCUGCCUGGCAGGCAGAGGGAGGCUUUCCCAGCUGUCUCAAUCCUGUCUCAGCUCAUUAGGCACCUUCAGGUGCCAGCUUCAAGCACUCCUUUGUGGGCAGCUAAGCCCAGGGUCUUGCCACCACCCCGUGCCCUCCCUUGCACCCUGCCACCAUGCUACUUGCCACCACCAUGCGUCCUGCCACUGCUUCACUUGCCUUGCUGGGUGCCUGACCCAGAGCGACAUGACUUCCCUGCCCACCCCAAUAACUCUGCAGCUCUGCCAUUGCUGCAGGGCAGGCAGAAGGCAGCCCUACCCAUAAUGAUCCCAGCAGAGACAAACUGCCAACCUCAGCAGACUGAGAUAGACUACUGCCAGCAGACGGAGCGGUAGCCCUACCCACUGCCCAUCAACAGCAACUGGGGCUCCACUGCAAAGGAGAACCAGACAUUGGAGAGUAAAGAGUCUUGAGCUGGGCACCACAGGAUGCUUUCUUCAUAAAAUCAUUACCAGGUAGCAAAGCAGAUUCAUCUAAUGAAAAGAGAAACCCUAACAAAUGAGGAGGCAGAGGAGUAGCUUCCAAACAAAGCUACAGGAUAAGACAUCUGAAAGAGGGCUAAAUGAAAGGAGAUUACCAACCUUCUUGAUAAAGAUUUCAAAGUAACAGUCAUAAAUAUGUUCAUUGAUCUGUGGAAAAGUAUUGAAGAUUUCAGGAAGGACUUCAACAAAGAGAUGGAAAAGCUAAAGAGCUCCUCAGAGCUGAAGAAUACAGCAACUGAAAUGAAAUAUACAGUGGAGGGAAUAAAUAUUUCUGCAGUAGAGGAGACAAUCAGUGAGACUGUUGGAUAUUAGAGAACAGGAAUGCAAUGAACCUGAGAAACAGAGAAAAAAGAAUUUCUGGUAAUGAAAGAAUGCUAAGAGCUGUGUAACAACUCCAAAUAAAACAACAUUCACAUAAUAGGAUACCAGAAGGAGAAGAGAGAGACAAAGAGAUAGAAAGUCUCUUUGAGGAAAUAACUGUUGAAAACUUCCCCAGUCUAGGGAAGGAAGUAGACACUUAGGUCUUAGAAGCACAGAGCCCCUAACAAAAGGAACCCCAGGAAGACAACACCAAAACAUAUAAUAAUUAAAAUGACAAAGACAAGGAUAAGGGGAGGGUAUUGGAAACAGCCAGAGAGAGAAAAAGGGUUAUUGAUAAGGGAAACCCAAUAGGACUAUUAGCAGACUCUCAGCAAAAAUUUUACAGGCCAGAAGGGAGGGGCAUAAAAUAAUGUAUUGAAACAGAAGUACUUUUAACCCAGAAUCCUCUACCCAGAAAGAUUAUCAUUCAAAUUUGAAGGAGAUAAAACACUUCUCAGGGAAAUGAAGGCUGAAGGAAUUUACAAUCACUAAACUGGCAUUACAGGAUAUGUUAAAGGAACUUCUGUAGACAGAAAUGUUCCUGAGCCUAAAUAGUUUUCAGAAACAAAAAUAAACCCAAAUGAAGAUAGUAGACCAUGUACUUACCAAGUAAGGAUGAAAUUAAAACAAAAGUAGUAAAACCAACUAUACACAAAAUCAGUCAAGGGAUACACAAAAAGUGAAGAUUAUGACAUCUAAUACAUAAAGUGUGGAGGAGGAAGAGGAUAAAAAGUACUUUCAGAUUGUGUUUGAAAUAGAGCAAUCAUCAACUUAAUGUAGACUGUUAGUUAGGACACUAUCACUGAACCUUUUGGUAACCACAAACCUAAAAACCUAUAAUAGAUACACAAAAAAAUUUAAAAAUCCAAACACAACACUAAAGAAAACCAUCAAUUAACAAGAGAAGAAUAUGAGAGAGGAAGAAACAAAGAGAGGAACUAGAAAAACAACCAGAAAACAAUUAAUAAAAUGGCAGUAAGUACAUGCCUAUCAAUAAUUACCUUAAAUGUAAAUGAACUGAAUGCACCAAUCAAGACACAGAAUGUCAGAAUGGAGAAAGAAACAAGACCCAUCUGUAAUACUGCCUAAAAGAGACUCAUUUCAGAGCCAAAGAUGCACACAGACUGAACGUGAAGGGAUGGAAAAAGGUAUUUCAUGCAAAUAAUAGGGAGAAAAAAGAAGGAAUAGCAGGUACUUGUAUCAGACAAAACAGACUUCAAAACAGAGAAAGAUAUAAAGAAGGACAUUACAUAAUGUUAAAGGGUCAGUCCAACAAGAGGCUAUAAUCAUAAAUAUGUAUGCACCCAACACAGGAGUACCUGAAUAUGUAAAACAAAUACAGAAUUAAAGGGGAAAUAGAUUGCAACUCAUUCAUUUUAGGAGACUUUAGAACACCAUUCACAUCAGUAGAUAGAGCAACCAGACAGAAAAUAAGGAAACCGAGGCACUGAACAGUACAUCCUAUCAGAUGGACUUAACAGAUAUCUACAGAACAUUCACCCAAAACCAGCAGGAUACACAUUUUUCUCAAGUGUACAUGGAAUGUUCUCCAGAACAGAUCACAUACUAGGGCACAAAAAGAGCCUCAGUAAAUUCAAAAAGGUUGAAAUUGUAUCAAGCAGCUUCUCAGACCACAAUGGUGUGAAACUGGAAAUAAAUUACAUGAAGAAAACAAAAACAAAAACCCACAAACACAUGAAGGCUAAACAAUGUUCUAAAUAAUCAAUGGAUUGAUGAGCAAAUUAAAACAAAAAUCAAGCACUAUGUGGAGACGAAUGAAAAUAAAAAUUCAACUGUCCAAAAUUUGUGGGACACUGCAAAAGUUGUUCUAAGAGGGAAGUAUACAGCAAUCCAAUCCUCCCUCAAGAAACAAGAACAAUCCCAAAUAAACAAUCUAAACUAAAUCUAAACUCAUAAUUAAAGAAACUAGAAAAAGAAGAACAAAUGAAACCCAAAGUUAGUAGAAGGAUGGAUAUAAUAAAGAUCAGAGCACAAAAAGAGAAGAAGAAAACAUUAGAAAAAAACAAUGAAACCAGUAUCUGGUUCUUUGAGGAAAUAAACAAAAUAGACAAACCCCUAGCCAGGCUUAUCAAGAAAAAAAGGAGAGUACAUACAUAAGCAAAAUCAUAAACAAAGACAGAAUAGUCACAACAGAUACCAGAGAAAUAUAAACAAUUAUUAGAGAAUACUAUGAAAAUUACAUGUCAAUAAAUUGGACAACCUAGAAGAAAUGUCCAAAUUCCUAGAAAAAUACAACCUUCCAAGACUGACCAAGAAAGAAACAAAAUCUGAGCAGACUAAUUACCAAGAAUGAAAUUGAACUAGUAGUAAAAAAACUCCCAAUAAACAAAAGUCCAGAACAAGAUGCCUUCACAGUUGAAUGUACCAAACAUUUAAAGAAGAGCUAAUACCCGUCCUUAUUAAAGUUUUACAAAAAGUAGAAGAGGCAAUACUUCCAAACACAUUCUAUGAGACCAGCAUCACUCUAAUACCAAACCCAGACAAGGACACUACAAAAAGAAAAUUAUAGACCAAUAUCCCUGAUGAACAUAGAUGCAAAAAUAUUCAACAGUAAUUAGCAAACCAAACUCAAAAGUACAUCAAAAGAUUAUCCAUCAUGACCAAGUGGGAUUUACUCCAGGGAUACAGGAAUGGUAUAAUACUCAUAUCCUGCAACACAUUAACAAAAAGAGGGAUAAAAACCACAUGAUCAUCCAAUAGAUGCUGAAAAGCAUUUGAAAAAAUUCAACAUCCAUUCAUAAUUCUCAAGAAAAUGGGUAUAGAGGGUACAUAUCUCAGCAUAAUAAAGGCCAUAUACAACAAACCCAUAGCCAGUGAGAGAGAAAAGCUGAAAGCUUUUCCUCUUAAGAUGGGGAAUAAGACAAGGAUGCCCAUUCUACCCACUUUUAUUCAACAUAUUACUGGAGGGCUUAGCCAUGGUAAUCAGACAAGACAGAUAAAAAGCAUCCAAAUUGGUAAGGAAGAAGUUUAACUGUUUCUGUUUGCAGAUGACAUGAUACUGUACGUAGAAAACCCUAAAGAAUCCACCAAAAAACUACUAGAACUAAUAAGUGAAUUCAGCAAAGUUGCAGGAUGCAAAAUUAACACACAGAAAUCUGUUGCACUAAUGAUGAACUAGCAGAAAGAAGAGAAAUCAGGAAAACAAUUCCAUUCACAAUUGCAUCAAAAAAAAUAAAAUACCUAGGAAUAAACCUAACCAAGGAGGUGAAAGACCUAUACCCUGAAAACUACACAACACUCAUGAGAGAAAUUAAAGAAGAUACCAAUAAAUGGAAAUACAUCCUGUGCUCAUGGAUGGGAAGAAUUAAUACUGUCAAAAUGGCCAUACUGCCCAAAGCAAUUUACAGAUUCAAUGCAAUCCCUAUCAAAAUUCCAACAGCAUUUUUCAGUGAACUAGAAGAGUUCUAAAAUUCAUAUGGAAAUACAAAAGACCCCAAACAGGCAAAGAAAUCCUGAAAAAGAACAAAGCUGGGGGGGAUUAUGCUCCCUGACUUCAAACUGUACUACAAAGCCUCAGUAAUCAAAACAGUAUGGUACUAGCACAAGAAUAGACCCAUAUAUCAAUGAAACAGAAUAGAGACCCCAAAUAUAAAACCACACAUAUAUGGUCAAUUAAUAUGCAAUAAAGGAGCCAUGAAUAUACAAUGGAGAAAAUACUACCUCUUCAGUAACUGGUGUUGGGAAAACUGGACAGCUCUACCUGCAAGAGAAUGAAACUGGAUUACUGUCUUAACUCCAUACAUAAAAGUAAACUCAAAAUGGAUGGAAGACCUGAAUUAAGACAUGAAACCAUAAAACUCUUAGAAGAAAACAUAGGUAAAAUCUCUUGAACAUAAGUAUAAGCAAUUUUUUCCUGGACACAUCUCCUCAGGCAAGGGAAACAAAAUUAAAAAAUUAACACAUGGGACCACAUCAAACUAAAAAGCUUCUGUACAGCAAAGGACACUCUCAGAACAAAAAGGCAACUUACAAUAUGGGAGAAUAUAUUCACAAAUUAUUUAUCUGAUAAGGGGUUAACAUCCAAAAUAUAUAAAGAACUCACAUGACUCAACACCAAAAAAACAUUAACUCGAUUAAAAAAACGGGAAGAGGACCUGAAUAGACACUUUUCCAAGGAAGAAGUGCAGUUGGCCAAUAGGCACAUGAAAAGAUCCUCCACAUUGUUAAUCAUUAGGGAAAUGCAAAUAAAAUUCACAAUGAGAUAGCACCUCACACUGAUUAGAAUGGCCACUAUCCAAAAAACAAGAAAUAGUAAGUAUGGCAAGGAUGUGGAGAAAUGUGAACCCUCCUACACUGUUCAUGGGAAUGUAAACUGGUGUAGUUGCUAUAGAAAGCAGUAUGGAGGUUCCUAAAAAAAAAAAAAAAUACUAUUUGACCCAGUAAUUCCACUU